CUCGUUCGAACUGGUGUUCUGUUGAAGAAAUCUCGGAUUCACAGAAAUAGAUUGAAUCGGCGGCCCAAGUAAGGUGUUCUCUCGGGCAUUUUUUCGCCGCUACCGGGCGAAAGGGUGCUUGAUUGGAAAGAGGGAGAGUAGGAGGGAGAGUGGGCGAGGGAGAACGACAGGUCCCCGAGGAAAUGAUAGCAGGCGCGUGUGGUCUCAUGUGGCUCUUUCUUUGGUGUCGUCGAGGCGGCUGAUUCCACAGCCGUGUUCGGGGACGAGGGAGCAUCGGCACGUGGAGGAAGGAAAGGGUAGAGGAAGGGAAGUAGGAGAAUUACCAGACGGAAGUCGAUGAAGUGAGCCUCGCGUGAGACGAAGAAGGGGAGAAAUCGGGAAUGGGAGGUAGAUUUUUCUUGUCUGCUGAGGGAAGGCGGUGGCGUGGUUCUUAGCUUGCAGGGAAGGCUAGUAUAGUGGUUGUUUCCUCAUCUUCCCCUCUCUCUCCCCGUUCCCUUGCUCAUCGGUGGAGGACAGUAUCAUAGUGAUCUCGUUGAUAUGUGAAAGGACGACUGGGCCAGCUCUUUGUGUGUCAAGCCCCGCUUGGAUUUCAUCUCACUUUUUGGCCUCGACUCUCGGCUUGGUCGAUCUGGUUGUUCUCGUCUUGCUCUCCUUUCUUUUGAAGAGAAGGGUUAAUUGUGGCUCGCUUGCGGAUUUCCAUUGGAGAAAGUGCCUGCAACUACUGAAACGAUGGAGCCGGACACCAAGCGAGCCCCUGUUGACAAGGGCGCCGAUUUUGCGAAUUAUUUCUGCACCUAUGGGUUUCUCUAUCACCAGAAAGAGAUGUUAUCUGAUCGAGUGCGAAUGGAGGCGUACCAUAGCGCGAUCUUUCGGAACGCCAGGCAUUUUCGGGGCAAGGUGGUGCUUGAUGUGGGGACCGGAAGCGGCAUCUUAGCCGUUUGGGCAGCCCAAGCGGGGGCGAAGAAAGUGUAUGCGGUGGAGACGACAGACAUGGCGAAUCAGGCGCGCAAAGUGGCUGAGGGGAACAACGUGGCGUGCACCGUAGAGGUCAUUCAAGCCAGCAUAGAAGACGUAACACUGCCAGAGAAAGUGGACAUCAUCAUAUCGGAAUGGAUGGGAUACUUCCUCUUGAGGGAGUCCAUGUUUGACAGCGUCAUCAUUGCUAGAGAUCGGUGGCUGAAGCCAGGGGGUGCUAUGUAUCCGAGCCAUGCACGCAUGUUUCUGGCUCCAAUGAGAAGCGCCCUUGCGGACCAGAAGAUGCAGGAAUUCCAGCAUUCUAUGGCUGAUUGGGACAGAUUUGUCCUUGACACAAGGGAACAAUUUGGCGUGGACAUGAGCUGUCUGGCAAAAUCAUAUGAAGAGGAGCAGAAGAAGUACUAUCUGCAGACGUCGUUGUGGAAUAGCCUGUAUCCCAAUCAGCUCCUGGGGGCAGCCGCCGUGAUCAAGGAGAUUGACUGCCUCACGGCAACCGUUAAUGAUAUUUCAACAGUCGACGCAGACUUUUCAAUACCAUUGUAUGAGGGCGUUAAUAGAGUGAGCGGUUACAGUGGCUGGUUCGAUGUUCAUUUUAGGGGCUCUCCUGCUGCGCCAGCAGAUUCUGAAGUCCAAUUGGACACUGCACCAAGCUUGGACGAAACCACCCACUGGGGGCAGCAGGUAUUUCUGAUGCACCCACCUUUGCGAGCUCGCGGCGGCGAUGUUCUUGCAGGCAAGAUACAGAUGACGAGAUCGAAGGAUAAUCACCGGUUGAUGGAUGUGAAGCUGACCAAUGCUGUCGAAAGAGGCGGGCGACCACUCUCUCACCCGGUUACCGCGCUGUUUUAUAUCGAAUGAUGGUAGAGAUCCUCAUUUGGCGAUUUUGUCUAGUUUGGGCUUUUAGGGGGUGUCGAGAGUGUUACAAUGAUGGAGGCGUACGGGAGGCAAGCGUGGCUGGCAAGGGAACCGGCUCUGCGGUUUGCAGUACGACAUUGUUUGCGGCCUGGUGCUGGGUGUUUAUCGAGCUUCCUAGUUGGAUUCGGUGGAGGCCAUUAAGAUGGAAAUAUUUUUCCAAAAAACUGGGCUCGAAUGGGCAAUUGUGUACAUCUCUGUGGUCUAGUGAACUGAGAGCAUCCUUUUGCAACUAAUUGCUGCGUGAGCAGGAGUACGGCUGUAUUGUUGGCAGAAUUGGGAAGAAGCACCUGGAGUGGAGCAGUGUGAGUGAGACGAGCAGUCGUGCGGGCAGUGUUUUGUACCCUAUUCUGCUCAUUUUGCAGUUCCCGUACGCUGUAUAUGCAGGGAUAAUGUUGCGGAUGCCGAGAGCCCACUUUGUUUUCCUCCCAGCUUAUGUUCUGUGCUCCUUUUGCCGAGUCGCUCGAUCGAUACUUAGAUCGUUAUACCGAUCUUCUCUCCCUCUCUCUCCCCCCACGCCACCCAGCAACACAUGCACACACCCAUUCGAGCUGUGGCCCUUGCUGUGCAGGUUAUGCAGGCUGUGCGGCUAGUGCUGGUAAGCUGUCUCCUUCCGAGGACCGUCCAUGUGUCAUGCCAGUGUCCGAACAUGUAUGCAGGGAACCUAUCCUUCUUGUUUACAACGUUGUCGGCAAUUCGACCACUGUGAGGGUAUCGUCACUGACAGUCCCUUCCAUGAGAAGUGCGGUCCAUCUUUGUCUUGCAUUUGUCCUCCCGGCCCUUCUUUUGGCUGGCCGGCCUGAUAUGCGGUUAGUGAUCUUGGUCGGCGUGGGAUUAAUAGCUACGUACGUUAGUCUGCUUUCCUUGCGGAAUGCUAUAUGUAAAGGGUUGCUGAUCUCUCUAGGUAGCUGUCAUAGGCAAAAUGCGAAAAUGCACCCCCUGUACGGCGUGGACUAUCUUGAUGUCACAGUGUGCCAGUCUUUGCCCAUGUCCCACGUGAUGCAAUGCUCGACUUCCUCUACGUAUAACACCUGUGAUGGAACUUUGUCCUCCCGGAUGAUGAAUGGAUGGGGGAGGUGGAAGAGAGAUUGGCAGUGUAUUGAAAGGUUGCCACCCGCAGGGCAGCAUGGGCGCAAACUUCAGCGGUGAAAAUCCUCCUCUGGGUCCAACCAAACCCAGAUUUACCCGUCCACAGAUGAACUCUCUGCUUUCCUCUGCUCUGCGGUGACCCAGGUGAUUUCUCGUUGGCAUUUGUUCAAAUUCGGCGUGUCAUCAACAGCAAGUGUAUGUUCCAAGCAAAGUCCUUUUCUCCGUGCCUUUUGACAUACUCUACAUUGAUAGCACGAGUCCAAGAAACUCUCUGCUUGCCGCUGCUCUACAGUGAUGCAGCUGAUGUUUCGGUGAGGAUGUGAUCAGUAUUUUGUGUAAUGAGUAGGGUAUGGUCUAUGCAAGCCCUCCUCUACAGUAUUUUGUGUAACGAGUAGAGUGUAUGGUACAUGCAAGUGCGCCUCUAACACUUUUGAUGGGAUGUUCUUCUUUCUGUAAUGAGGGGCUGGAAUGUCAGUGCCUUUCGGUAAUGAGGGGCAUGAACAGGAAGUGCAGGAGCAUUGUUCCUUCGCUUGGAAGGCAAGUAACCUGUGAUGUUUAUCUGUGGCAUGAUUCGACUCAACUGCGUGGCACCAUCUGCAGGUGUGGUACCCACCUCGGGCAGUAUGCCGCUUUGCCAUUCAUUUUGCUAUGCAACCUGGCCCAACUUUGUUGUAGCUGUGGAUAAUAAACCCGGGGAUCUUUGUCUCACAGUUGCCCUCUCUUUUCUUGCUCCAAUUUUGUCCCGUCUCCUGCCGCUCUUUAUUUUCCUUGUCCCGUCCUAUACCCCAUGUAGA